AUGAAAUUGAGCUUUUUGCCCUUUUUUUUAGCUCUGCUUGUUUGCUGUUUCCACUGAUACUUCUCCUCGCCAGUCGUCAGUAUUCUCCGACUCUUCUUCUUGCUGUCUAUCACUGUCACAAGCCAACGAACGCCGACGGAGCUCGUUAAUUAAACCGUGGCCGGAGCUCUCUAUUUCGUUAGCUCCCACUAGGCUUCAGUCGAACCCAGCGAGCGAGAGAAGAAACAGAAAGGGGGUAAAAAUAUGGAAGGCGUGGGGUCUCGGCUCGGCCGCGCUUCGUCUCGGUACGGCCCGUCAGCUGCGGCGAACGUGUUCAACGGUCCGGUGAGGAAGUGGAAGAAGAAGUGGGUCCACGUUUCUCCACCGCCGGCGGCUAAUAACAACAGCUCUCGCUCCAACGGCCACCACAGCGCCGCGCUGAGCAACAACAGCAGCAACGACAGCUCUCGCCUCUUGCUCUGUCGAUGGACCCCUCUCGCUGUCGGAGGAGGCGCAGGCGGCGACGACUCUUCCGCCGCGGAGGAGCCUCCCAGGCGGAAGUUCCGCUACACUCCGAUUGCAGCGCUGGAGGAGAGAAAGAAGGCAGCGAAAAGCGUUGAUGUUGAGGUCAAAGAAAGUGAGGGGAAUCAGAUUAGUGAGUCCAAUGCUUCUGAGAAUGAUGAGCCGGAGGAUGAUGAUGAGACUAUGAAGGAAGAGGCACAGGAUCCGGAUAAUGGCGGUACCCUGGACCUGGGGCUAUGCUCGAAAGGCCAAGACAACGAGGACAAAGAGUCCCCCAGCGAGCACAAGGAGGAAGCAAUGGAGGAGGCGGCAAAUUCAAGCAGGGCAUGGGCUUUUGGUUAGACACCAGGAAGUUGUGGCUGCCUUUACAGAAGGUUGUGAGGGAUCAAUUCUGGCAGUAGCAGUAGUGGUAGUCUCGUCAGAACGAGAACACUCGAGACUCGUCAUUAUAUCGUAUUGUAUAUGGCUUGUAGCUCUGUGUUACCAACCCGCCUAGGCAGAAACCAGUGGUAGCUUGUCAUUGUC